AUGACGUUUAAUAUUACUGGAGAGUUUCGCAUAAAGAUUAAGCAAUAUUCGUCUUGUGAACCUACAAUGACACAUUUGCUGAAAUUUAAUGUAUAUUUAAGCAGGAGGUCACCGACUGUAUUGGAAUUAAAAGGCAACAACACAUUAUUGGUUCCAUUCGACGAUUCGAUAAUCUCAAAUAUUAACAUCGCUAUGAAAGGAUCAAACGGAGGAUGGAUAAAUAACGCUGAAGUGUAUACGAUGAAAAGAGCUUGUUCUAUGUCAAAAUUUUUAUUGGGAAAAAGCUGGACAUCGUUAUCCAAAGCGUUUAAAUACGACAAUAACGGAGAAUGUCCUAUAAAACCGGGCGUUUAUGUGUCAUCCGGGUUUAACCUUGACGAUAUCAACGAUAACGGUUUUCCGAAACAGUAUUUUUACGGAGAAUAUAAAUUCACAAUAAAAUAUGCAAACGACUUGAAUAAAAUGCUGGGAUGUCAAGUCAUUGUUGUAGAUAUUCUUCGUCCGUGGGAAACAUAA